AUGAAGUUUCGCGAUGGAAUGUGGAUGGUCGCCGAAGGGAAACGCCCAGAGUAUGCGGAAGAAGUUUACUCGAUUGCAGAACAUCCUGCAGGGAACUCUUUGAGUCUGCUUUGUCCCACGAAGAGAAUACUGCAGAGAUCGGAUUCUCUGAAUCUGCCAACUCUGACAAUUGACAUCAGAGCACCUUUCGACGGCGUGAUCUCCGUCGAAACAACGCAUUGGCUUGGGGCUCUGAAUCCAGGACCCCACUACGAUCUCUACCCCGCAGGAAAGCCAGAAAAGUGCAAUCCUGGCAUCUCGAAGACAGACACGUCUACAACCCUCAGGUCAGGCUCGAUAUCUGCGACAGUCAAGACUGGCAAUCAUGAUUUCGACAUCCGCUUUCAUGCCACCGAUGGCUCGAAGGAACUCACAUCGCUGCUUAAUCGAAGCGUGGGGUUCGCAUAUAGCCCUGCGCCAAGCAAUCAGCUCGUGACGGGAGACAUGUCGAAAUUCCAGCAUUAUAUCUUCACGCAGACUACAUUAUCGGUUGGAGAGUCCGUUCAUGGUCUUGGAGAGAGAUUUGGAGCUUUCAAUAAGGUUGGGCAGGCAGUCACACUUUGGAAUGCAGAUGGUGGGACAUCGAGUGAUCAAGCAUAUAAGAACAUUCCGUUCUGGAUCAGCUCAAGGGGAUAUGGUAUCUUUAUUGAUACUCCAGAUAAGGUAGAGUUGGAGGUUGGUAGUGAGCGGUGUUGCAGAGUCCAGACGAGUGUUGAAGCACAGCGAUUGAAAUGGUACAUCAUCUACGGCCCAACUCCAAAGGAAGUCUUGCAGAAGUACUCAAUAUUAACAGGAAAGCCUGGAAAGGUACCAAGCUGGAGUUUUGGACUCUGGCUGAGCACCAGCUUCACAACCAAUUACGACGAGAAGACUGUCAACUCCUUCCUCGAGGGCAUGAAAGCACGAGAUAUCCCUGUGGAAGUCUUCCACUUUGACUGUUUCUGGCUUCGAGCAUUUCAUUGGUGCGACUUCGUCUUCGAUUCUGAGAUGUUCCCUGAUCCAAAAGCUCAAAUCGCACGUCUGAAAGCCUCAGGACUGGUAAAGAAAGUCUGUGUCUGGAUCAACCCCUACCUAGGCCAGGCCUCUCCCGUCUUCAAGUUCGCCGCCAGCAAAGGCUACCUCCUCAAACGUAAAAACGGUGACAUCUUCCAAUGGGAUCUUUGGCAAACGGGAAUGGGAAUCAUCGAUUUCACGAACCCGGAAGCGUGCGAGUGGUACGUCAGCUGCCUGGAAGGUCUGUUUGACAAAGGAGUCGAUGCUAUCAAGACUGAUUUCGGAGAGCGGAUCCCGUCGAUUGAUGUCGAGUGGUUUGAUUCAUCUCUUGAUCCGAGGAAGAUGCAUAAUUACUAUGCUUUUCUUUACAACAAGGUAGUUUAUGAGGCGAUUCAAGACCGCUUUGGAGAGAAUGAAGCAGUGCUGUUUGCUCGUACUGCUACUGCUGGGACGCAAAGAUUCCCUCUUCAAUGGGGAGGUGACUGCGAGUCUACACCUGAGGCUAUGGCAGAAUCCGUUCGUGGAGGACUUUCUCUUGGUCUGGGUGGAUUUGCUUUUUGGUCCGUGGAUAUUGGUGGAUUUGAAGGGUACCCUCCUCCGUGGAUUUACAAGCGUUGGGUUGCGUUCGGGCUACUGUGCUCACACAGCCGUCUGCAUGGAAGCAAUUCUUUCCGCGUUCCAUGGACAGUGGACGAUGAUGAUACAAGCGAGCAAGGAUGCUCGAAGACUUUGGCAAAAUGGACUUCGCUGAAGGCACGUUUGAUGCCGUAUAUCUUCGCCCAAGCACAAAUCGCGGUGGAGCAGGGCAUCCCGCUUUCGUUGAGAGCAAUGUGCUUGGAAUUCCCUGAGGAUCCCACGUCCUGGUUUCUCGAUCGUCAAUUCAUGUUCGGUGAUAGCUUGCUUGUGGCUCCUAUUUUUGAGGAAUCUGGCGAUGUGGAGUUCUACCUGCCCAAAGGUCGAUGGACGAGUUUCUUCACGAACAAGACUAGAGUUGGACCGGGAUGGUUCAAAGAACAUCAUCAAUUCGAUACGCUGCCGUUGUAUGUCCGCGAGAAUACCAUUUUGGUUCUUGGGAAAUGGCACGAGAUGAGGACGGUUUAUGAUUAUGCUCAAGGUGUGGAAGUCUGUCUUUAUCAGACGAAGCCAGGUGCGAAGACUACUGUUGUUGACUCUGAGGGUGAGGAAGUUGGCGUGUUGGAGAUUGGAGAGGAGGGACAUUUGAUUGAUCAAGACUUUUUGACGGGAGCUUGGCAUGUAACGAGGAAUGGAAGGAGUACGAUCAAGAGCAAGGCGACAGAGAAUUGA